AUGGCCCUACCUAACAGAAACAGCUCCCACGCUAAAUUGGCGACUCAAGAUGGUGCCACUAGCGAUAAUAAGCUGGACUAUACAGUCAAAUACACCCUAACGGACGCGGAAAUCGCUGCGCUCUCGACGCGACUACUCGCGGAACGGCCACCCCAGAUUCCAGAUGCGCUAGUAAUGUACCGGCUAGAGGGCACCGACGAGCUAUCGAAUCUGGGGCGCCACAUUGAGCGCGAGGUCUUUGAGGAGCGCUUUGGCAACACGGACGCCGACAUGCAGAGGGUGUACGGCGCCUAUGAGGCGUCGAGCGUCUUCUUCCUCGUCAUGGACCGGGGCCUGCACCGGCCGGCCGGCACCAUGCGCAACAUUCACAACUCCCCCGAAGCCGGGCUGCUGGCGCUGCGGGACGCCGGCGCCUACGCGGGCCUCACCGUAGAUACCUUUAUGCGGGCCUAUGGGCUCGAGAGUCUCGAUACCGUCUGGGAUAUCGGCACCCUCGCCAUCCCCGCGGCCUAUCGCGACCACGGCGAGCACCACAUUGUCGCCAUGCUGUACCGCGGCGCCCAUCUCCGGGGGCGUCUCGAGGGCAUGACGCACUACGUCGCCCUGGUGGACCGACACCUAUACCGCACCUUCAAGAUGAUGGGGUUUGCCUUUUACCCCAUGGCCGGGCUGGCGCCGUUUGCCUAUGAAGGGUCCGACAGCGUGCAGCCCGUCUGCGGCGUCGCGCGGGACUUUUUCCCGUCCGUCGAGCGCAAGAUGCACGAUGCCGGCGAGGACUUGAAGCCCGUUCUCGAGUAUUUUUCCAAGCGGUUCGUCCAUGGCCACAAUGUGGAUCACCGUCUCUUGUUUUCUCAUGCCAUGUGGCCUGGUGGCACGUCGCCGCUGAGCCAGGCGAGCAAGCGCAAGCGUGAGGGACUGGCGCUAUUGUGA